AGGAGGUGAGGUCAGUGGAGGAGGUGAGGUCAGUGGAGGGGGAGGAGGUGAGCUCAGUAGAGAUGGAGGAGGUGAGGUCAAUGGAGGAACGGCCCCACACCUCCCAGCCCAGGAGAAGUUUGUUACAACAGGAGGAGAUCGCUGGGGUGACGGUGGUAGAGGUUGAUGAUGAUGAUGAUGAUGAUGAAGAUCAGGCUCAGGGAGCAGUAGGGGGAGAAGAGGAGUCUACCUCGUCUGGGUCUGGACCAGCAGUGAAGAGCUACUGGAGCCGCCACUUCCUGGUUGACCUGCUGGCGGUGGCGGUACCCGUGGUGCCCACGGUGGCAUGGCUGUGCCGGGGGCCGCGGGGCGAUGCCCUGCCCAUUUACCACUUCGGCUCCCUGCUACGUGGCUGCUGCACCGUGGCCCUCAGCUCCCUGCGCAGGGCCGGAGGCGUUAGGCACUACCCCGCAGGCACAGGUGGGGGAGCCAUGGGAGGCACAGAGAUCUGAGACAGGCCCCAUGACACCCUGGGAGCUGCACACACACAACCCUGCCCUCUCUGGUCCUGGGUCGUCCUCCACCUGAUGUACUGGGUAAAGGAAUGAGUGGAGGAAUGAUUCUGAAGACAGGACAGCCUCCUAGCAAACCGUAUAACUCUCUCCUUUGAGCCUUGCUCCUGGUGACCUCUUCCACCUCCUCUGCUGGACUGAGAAGAGACACCAGGAUGUGUUGAACUGAAUGGUAGAACUGAAUGAUUGAAUGGACACUGAAUGACCUGAGGGUGUGAUUGAUGCUGAUUGUAACUCCUCUCUCUAGUGUGCAGGGAGACUGAACGGUCUGUCAGUCUCUGUGAGUCUCUUCAUUUGGUCCAGUUCAAUUUUGACUCGUGGUGUGUAAGUAUAUGUGCACACAAGGUGUGUGUGAGUGUGUUGCGUGUGUGUUCUUCUCUGUUGUGUCGAUGUGUAGCCAAAGCACCUGGAUGUCUGAAGGCAAUCACAGCUAUAGCUGUGCAGUAGUUGGUCUGCUCAUUUUGGAGUGAAUAAUGGGACAUAUGGCCUUUCCCGCCUAAAGGUACCAGGCAAGCUGCUGCUGUACAUUUCUGCUUCCUGUCACCGGUGUCCUAGAUUAACAAUCACUCUUGUAGCAUUCAGUCCAUGUCCACGGUCCAAGAGUUAAGUCAUUCCAGACCCAUGAACCGGAAACAUCUCAAGAAGGAAUCAUUUAUAGAGAUAAAAGAAUUCAAAACAAAGUUUAUUGUUCUGUUAAAAAUGGGGGGGGUAUUAUGGACUUGGUGUGAUGAUUGUCACGGUAAUCUGUUGUUAUUUGAAUGUUUGCAUUGAAAUCAAAUUAUGACUGAGUUGGCAGGAUUUUAGUGUCUUGUUAUUUUGGGCUGUAAUGAAUGUAAAGUCAUUGAGAUGUAAAAUAAUUGAAAGGCUGAGCAAGCAGGCGCUGUACUGUAAUGUUUUGGUAUUAGUCUUUGCUAGGGACUAAUGAGCUAACUGAUGUCCUAUAAGAUUGUGAUGCAACCAGCAAGAACAGUCCUUUGAGUUGAAGUUUAUUGAGUAGUUCAGAGAGGAAACAGGAACAAAUGUUGUCAUUUCUUUAGUCAUCCAUUCGCCAUUUUGUUCUGCACUAUUAUUCACUUUAUGAAGUUAAGCAAUUCCCUUUUCCCCAAUUGCUUGAAGUCAAGUUUGUGUUUCCAAAGUCUAAUACGUCUACGGUUUCCAUGGUAUCCAAAUUGGUAGUUACAGUCUUGUCUCAUCGCUGCAACUCCCGUACGGACUCAGAAGAGGCGAAGGUUGAGAGCCGUGUGUCCUCGGAAACACAACCCAACCGAGCCGCACUGCUUCUUGACACAAUGCCCACUUAAACCGGACUUAAACCAAAUGGGUCAGCGUGCGCUGCACCCGACCCACCACAGGAGUCGCUAGUGCGCGAUGGGACAAGGACAUCCCUGCCGGCCAAACCCUCACCUAACCCAGACCAAUUGUAAGCCACCCCGUGGGUCUCCCGGGUCGCGAACCCAGAAUCUCUAGCCUUAGACACCUUAUGUCUGCAGUUUUCCAUCAGAGUUUUUUGUUGUUGUUGUGUGCAAUAUCAUUUUGAUAUUCCAUAACUAUUCAAUACCUUUAUUAUGGGAUACGUUUCCAAAGCUAAAGUGAAAUAAUCAACUGUAACCAAGAAACAGUGAAUUUGAAUUUAGAUUGUAGCAUAGUUGAAGAUCCUGACCAUUACAGGCCAUUUACCUUUGAAUGCUGAAAAACAUUUGCCUUCCAUGACUUUCUUUCUUGUACACAAUAGUGUUUUACUGCUUUCUGUAAGGUGUGCUGGAUGUGCGUUUAUGUUGUUGCUCUGUAAUUCCUGUUCAUUUUCUUCUGCUUGACAAUCCCUCCUCUGCGUGGUUUUGCUUAUUGAACCUCUUCGCUAUGACUUCUGGCACCUAUAUGAGUAGUAAAAUCACAAACAGCAAUGACACAAUAGAUUGGCUGAUGAAUGGAUGAACUGCUUGAAGGCCUCUUUACACACGUUUCACUGUUGUCGUGUGCUUUUACAGCAGGUAUGUACAACUUCCACAGCCCUGUUGGGAUUUAGAGUAUCACUCGAUAUUCUGCAUUUGCUAUAAUUUCUCCCCCUUCAUGUAUCAUCAUCAUCAUCAUUACCUAUGAAUCCCCCCCGCCCCUACGUCAUUUGUGAGGCCUGCUUGGUAAGGCCUCUAAAUGUUUCAGUAAAAGCCAUAGGUGUUUGAGAAUAUCUCUAGCAGAAUCCCAAUCAUGAAAGUAUAGUGUGAGUGAUAAUCAUAUCGAUAUGCAUUUUAUAGACUGACUCAGCUGAAGUCUCCCCUGACAGAACAUGACGUGCAGGGCCAACCUCACUCAGGCUGGGAGUUAUUGAUCCAUCGCGAGUUCCUGCCCGACCUAGACUAGGAUGCGCUGGCGUUGCGUGCCACUUCAUCACACUGUGCAGUCUUGGCAUCAGAUUGCUACAUCAUAUGAUGUGGUUAGCUGAUAUUAUGUUAUAGACGUAUCCAGACAUUGUAUGAUCUGGUAUGAUCUGCAAUGUAGUCGGGCGGGAACUCAAUUAUUUUGUACAUUUCUUGAGCAAUUCACUGGUGUUUUUAAAGGGAAAAAAUCCCCUCGUAACUGUAUAUUUUGUUAUUUGUUUUCAUUAGUCCACUGUUGAUACGGUCCCAAAAUGUUUUA